AUGGAUAUUCAUGUUCUUCAAAGCCAGCCCGCCCAGGAGGUCGGGUUUAAAGACUCUUCCACGGUUCGUGUGGGUAAUAAACUUGUUCGCAAUAAGCCACCCACCCAGCCCUCUGCUAUGCGACCCAAGCAUUUGGUCCGCGGCGGGUUCCAGCCGCGCCUUCCGACUUCGCUGCCGCCCCCAGGGCAGCAGCAGCAGCCGUCGCCGCUAUCACGCCGACAGCCCGUCCCGUUGAUGCCUCCCGCGCAGCUUCAUCCUGGAGCGCCCCAGGUGGUCGCUCCGGCGCCUGCGGUCCCUCUUCAGUCGCCACCGCCUUCGCAGCUGAUGGACGUCGACCCCUCAGCCGGGCCGCCUUCCCAAGCGGUGGCUGUGCAGCCUGUACUGCAGCCGCUUUCCUUGGGCACCCCCAAGGAGUCUGACACCGCAGCGCCUUGUCCGGCGCCCACUCAGCAGCCGUCGACGCAGCGUCAGGAGACACUGCCUCUCUUCGUGGGUCCCGACGCCCCGUCGCGUCCAGUACCAGAAGCUGCGCCCGUGGUCACAGGCGUGCACCCUGACCUCGGUUUUCAUAUUUCUUCAGAUUUCAAGGAAUGA